AAAUUUUAAUAAAUUAAUAUAAAAUAAGCCGCAAUCUAUUAAUAACGUAAUAUAUACAUGAAUUUUCACGUGCCUUUUUUUAUGGAAACAGAAUUUUUUCAUCAAUUCAGAAAGGAUGGAAAUUGAGACGCAAAGCACUACUUUUUCGCUUGAUAUUUUGGCUUUAACAAAUGAGGCUAGGAAUACUUAUGGCCUUAGACAUCAAGACUAUUCGCGUUAUAGACAGUAUUGUACACAAAAGGUUCACCGGCUUCGUAAAUCUUUGAAUUUCACUCACGGCAAAGGAAAGUCUUUUCAAAAAAAAGAAAUAUCCAACAUCGUAGUUAAUGAUGCUAGAUAUUUGCGGAUCGUUUUGUUUGAUACUGAACGUGCUUGGAGUUAUGCUAUGGAAUUAAAAAGAGAAUCUAGAUCAAGUGGUGAUGUUCGCAAGAAACAUCAUCUAAUAAAAAGGUUAAAAAAAGCAGCAAAAUGCGGAGAACAACUAGAAAAAUUGUGCUCACGAGAUUCCAAUAUAGUGGAUACUAGAACUUACUUUGAAGCACAAGCUUAUUCUGCCUUAAUGUCUGGUUAUUUUUUAUUCGAAAAACAGUCUUGGCAAGCUGCAUUAGAUAGAUUCGCUGCAGCAAGAACGAUAUACGAGAAAUUAUCUAAGGCUGGAUCUUCUCAUCAAGAAAUUCUUUGUCAAUCUGCGAUUGAUGAUAUUGAUCCGAAUAUCCGUUUUUGCGCAUUCAAGUUGAAGCUAGGCACUGAUAGUAAUACGGGAGUUGAAGAUCUUGUCAAAAUAACCAUAGGAAAGAAUAAAGGCGUUGGCCUUGAUUUAUUGGAAGCGGAAGUAGAGUCUGUUCUUGCUCAAACUCGUCAAGAAAAAGCCGCUGCCCUUACAUCCAUAUCUUGGCGUGGCCGUGUAGUACCACUUAAGAAUGCAGAUCUGGCGAUAUGUAUUUUACGAGCACGUGAGGCUACAACGAACCUUGAAAACGCUUCAGAUGCGAAUGCAGAAGAAGCAACUAAGAUGGAAUUAUUUGACCUUCUCCUUGAGGCUUAUGGAGAUGCAGAAAAGUUUACCAAAAAUGCUGUGAAGGAAGAUGCGGAAGCUACGGCAAAAAUUAAGUCUUCUAAAUCAGAACAAGUUUCUGCGGACCUCAACUUUGUAUACAAUUAUGUAGCAUAUAACUAUUUGUCCCGUAGAAUACAGCGAAAUUUAAUGCUCGUCAGUUCAUUACGAUUGAGUUUAGAAAAUCAUGAACACGUGGAAGAAGAGCGGCUUGUUGGAGGAAAAUAUCAAGAUAUAGUUAAAUUAUAUGAUAAUGUUUUACAGAGUCUAACCGAGAUUAGUGAUCUUUCCGCAGUUCAUAAUGAUGUUAAUUUAUCUAGAGAGAUUGAUUCUAAGAUUUGGUAUUAUAAAGCAUGGAGGACCUUAUAUGUUGCCUCAGCUUAUUCGGCUCUAAAUAAGGAAUGGGAGGCAAUACUUUUAUAUGAGCGUGCUAAAGAAUACAAUGCUCAAGCAAGGGCUUCAUUGUCUCAACUAAUACCAGAUAAAGAUGAUAUACUAGUUGUAACUUCCAAAGAAAUUGCUGAGUUGGAAAAUAUUUUGCGUGGUCUAAAAUGUAAGGCCCGAGCUGCUUGGCACAUUGGGUUAGAUUCUAAUUUGACUAAAAAAAUGGGUGAAUUGAGUUUUGAUGACAAAUCCAAAGCUGACAGUAAUAUUGAUAAUAGAGAUGAGCCAUCUUUAAGCAAACGCCUUAGCCAAUAUCCGUCCAGUUUGUCAAUGAAAAAUGUGCGACUAAUUGAUUUUCCACCCGAAUUUACUCCUAUUCCUGCCAAACCAUUAUUCUUUGAUAUUGCUUUUAAUUACGUUGAUUUUCCUUCUACUUUAUCUCAACGUGCUGGAAGGAAAGCACCAACCAGUUUUGGAAACAUUUUUAAUAAGUUAUGGGGCACUAAUUGAGUUCUCAAGAUUUACUAAUGAAAACACAUUUGGAAAUAUUAUUAAAGCGCACCAAUUUCGGUGUUUAUCCCGUUUUUUUGUUUGAGAAAAAUGCAGCUUUUCUAUUCUAAACGUGUCAGAUCUUACAUUAUACAAAUAAU